AUGGGUUUCGAUAUUGAGUGCAUACCGAACAUUGAAUUGCUUCCCGGGGAGUGUUUCUGUCCUGUUUGUCGGUUUCUUGUGCACCCAAACGAAGCUCUCCGGUCUAUGUGCACUCACUUGUACUGUCCGCCAUGUUUAGCUCACGUCGCAAGCACCACCAUGACGUGUCCUCUCGAUGGUUCUUUGGUCGCAGAAACUCAUGCAAAGCGACUCGUGGAAUCAAACAAAGAGUUGGCUGAUACAUUUGGCGAAAUAUUGGUUUACUGUUCAUACAAAAAAAGUGGAUGCACAUGGAUUGGCCCGCUGUCUCAUAUCCCGUUACAUUGCUUGUUUUGUGCUUUUCGUACUUCUCGCGUUGCAUGCAGUGUGUGCCAGAUUCAAAUUCCGCAUCAUCAAGCAGAGGGGCAUGCUCAAGUUUGUCAUCAAGGUCAGGUUGAAAUGGGUCCUCAUGGUCGGUUUGUAGUUGUUGCAACGCCGGCUCGUGAGCAACAACAAUAUCAGCCGCCCUACUACAACAUGCAUCAACCUCAAGAUGUUCCUGUGGCAAUCCCUAGACAGCAAUUUCAUCUUGCAAGCCAACAUCAAGUGCCCUCAGCGCAGCCAGCAAGUCAAUAUGUGGCUCAAACUCACUCUCAAGUGCAAGCUCAACCACAGCUACAAUCUCAGAGCUCGGCUCUACAUCAGCCUCUUGCUGUCUUAUCAUCAGCUCCACAGAACGGUGCAGCUUCGCUAGACCAAGCUUACCUUUCGCAAGACCUGUCACAGACGUUCGCACCUUCUCAAGGUCACCAAAACUUGCAAGCUCAGGCGCAUUCCAAAACAACACUUCUUUCACAACCUCACCAGUUACCGAACCUCCAAGUUCCUCAAUAUCAAAUUACAUCUCAUCAGCUUCACAAGCCAAACCCCAUGCACCCUCAAGCCAGCACUGUUCAAGCUCAGGCGCAUUCCAAAACAACACUUCUUUCACAACCUCACCAUUUACAGAACCUGCAAGUUCCCCAGUAUCAAACUACAUCUCCUCAGCUUCACAGGCCAAACCCUAUGCACACUCAAGCCGGCACUGUUCAAAGAAGUGUGCCAUACAAUGCUAUUAGCCAGGGUGCAACAUCAUGUUCGCCAACAUCUCUCUCUCUUCCUACGAUGCAAACACAGCAGCCAAAUCAACCAACACGUGUUGGGAAUCGUCGAGCAAACCUAGGGAAGAAUCCUAUAGUAGAGGAUAAAGGCACUACUGGAACUGAUUAUCCCUCUCUGCUUGGUGCUGGAACUGAUUAUCUGUCUAUGCUUGGUGCUCCAGUGGACCAUAAUGCCCCAUUAGGUCCAGGUGAGCUUCGACAUUUGAAUUAUGUUGUCGAGUAUUUCAACAAGAGAUAUUACAUGGAAAGGAAUGGUGGUCCAAGACCUGGAUAUUCUUCUUCAAUGUCAUUUCACAGAGGCUUUGACCAGAGAUCAUUGGUAAUGCCUCAUGAGAAUUAUGCUCUUCGUCCUGGAAAUGUUGGAAUGGCGAGUAGAUAUGCCUAUCAUGGACUUCCCGGUGGUGGUGGAUCAGGAGAUAUGGAACCUUUUCCAAAUUCAAGAAAAAGGGCGGCAGGACCUGUUGAAGGUGAAGGUUUGCACUCUCAGAUCAACAAGGAGGACCAACAGAACAAGAAGGUUGCGAAGAAACCUAAAAUAUAA